CUGUAGCAGUGCUGCUAAACCAAGAGAUGGAGGCAAUAUACAGUAUUCUAGGCUUGGAGUGGUUAGACGCCAGGAGUAUUCUAGUAUUUGUCUGUGUUUUCCUUCUGCUCAGCGACAUUUUGAAGAACAGAAAACCAAAAAACUUCCCUCCAGGACCACGGGCUCUUCCUUUUAUUGGAGAUCUUCAUCGCAUUCAACCUUCCAGACUCCACCUGCAGUUAGUAGAGUUUGCAGAGAAAUAUGGAGACAUUUUCAGCCUUCAUCUCUCUGGUGAAAGAGUUGUGGUCAUAAAUGGUUAUAAAAGCGUGAGGAAGGCCCUGGUUGAAGAGGGAGAGGACUUCAUAGAUCGUCCCAUCGUCCCACUGUUUUCAGAGUUUUUCAAGAACAAAGGUCUUGUGAUGUCAAACGGUAAUCCGUGGAAGAAUCAGAGGAGAUUUGCUCUUCACACGCUGAGAAACUUUGGUCUGGGCAAGAAAAACCUGGCCCUUUACAUCCAGCAGGAGUGUCAGUAUCUCACAGAGGCUUUUGCUGAACAGCAAGGAAAACCUUUUAAUGCCCAGUCACUGAUAAACAAUGCUGUGUCCAACAUCAUCUGCUGUUUGGUGUUUGGGAGUCGGUUUGAGUACAGUGACCAGAAGUACAAGACUAUUCUUCAAUACCUCAAUGAAAUUGUCCACUUACAAGGAAGUUUGUCAAUACAGAUUUUUAAUGCAAUGCCCUGGUUAAUGAGAUGGGUUCCUGGACCUCAUAAGAAAAUAUUCAGAUUGUUACAGAAGUUAAUUGACUUUGUUGAAAUCAGAAUCAAAGAGCACAAAGAAAAUCUCGACCCUUCUUCACCAAGAGAUUACAUCGACUCCUUCCUCAUUGAAAUGGGAGAGAAAGAAGACAAAGAGUCUGGUUUUGAUCUCACUAACUUGUGUGCUUGCACUCUGGACCUAUUCACUGCUGGAACUGAAACCACCACAACUACUUUACACUGGGGGCUGCUUUACAUGAUUUCCUACCCACAUAUACAAGAGCAAGUCCAGGCUGAGAUUGAUGCUGUGAUUGGUCCAUCCAGACAGCCCUCUAUAACUGACAGAGAAAACAUGCCGUACACCGACGCAGUCAUCCAUGAGAUGCAGAGGAUGGGAAACAUUGUUCCAGUCAAUCUGCCUCGCAUAGCAAAUAAAGACACAACUCUGAAUCAGUACUCAAUCCCAAAGGGCACGAUGAUACUUCCGAUACUUCAUUCUGUUCUACACGAUGAGACGAUGUGGGAAACCCCACACACUUUCAACCCUCAACACUUUCUGGACAAGGAUGGUAAAUUUAGGAAGAGAGAGGCCUUCAUGCCUUUUUCUGCAGGUAAGCGCGUGUGUCUUGGAGAACAGCUGGCCAGAAUGGAGUUGUUCCUGUUUUUCACCUCCAUCCUUCAGAGAUUUAAGGUGUCCUCUCCUGCAGGCGAGAAGCCCAGUCUGGAGUUCAAGCUGGGAGGAACUCGCCUUCCUAAACCCUACAGCCUCUGUGCUGUACCACGUUAAACUGGGUUAACUUUAAACUGAGCCAGACAAAUCAAAGUCUUUCAACAUAUUUUUAUUACAUUAAAUCAAAAAUACGA